AUGUCACAAUUUCAUAAUGAGCAUUAUGCCUAUUUAAGGAAGGGAGAAAUGCGACCUGAUAAUUUGAUAGUUGUUUCUCGCUAUCAAUGGGUUCCAGCCAAUUUCAUAAUGGAUAACGAUGGCAAUUCAACUGGACUAUGGAUGGCCUCUAUCGACUCCGCUUUGAUAAUUUUAACAUGCCCUCACUGCGAAGCAAAGCUUCACUGGUGGAACUGGCACAAAACAACCAAUGGAGCGCAAUGGAGGUCUAAAUAUAUGCCACAGUUCAGCUCAGAUAACUAUCCGGUGAUCAUAUGUCCACAGCAUGGCACAUCACAUGGUGACAUCCGAGAAGAGUUUUCUUGUGGGACCGGAGAGCAUACACAUCACUGCACGCAGAAAGGCUAUUUCCAAUUAGCGCGGAACUUUGGACAUGACCAAGUACUUAACGGAGUGAAGGACUGGCAUUGGACCUCCAAGACGGAUAAUAAAGCAUUCCUCUGCGGUAAUUCAGCACCCCCAUCAUCACAACUGCUCUGA